AUGGGGAAGAAACGGAAGCACAGCGAAACCCAGGCAAUUGAACCGAAAAAGAAAGAUGAAGGAGCACCCGAGAGACCAAAAAGGACGCUCAUGGGUUGGAAAGACAAGAAAGAAGUUCAUAAACAACCCGAUUCCAAUCCCGAGUCCAAUCCCCAAGUUUUUAGAAACAAAGAGAAAGUUAUGGUGACUUGUUCACGCCGCAUCAAUUACAGGUACAGGCAUUUGAUGUUGAAUUUGGUUUCACUUUUGCCUCAUUGUAAGAAGGAUAACAAGGUUGAAUCAAAGAGUAGUAAAGGGUCUACCUUGAAUGAGCUUAUUGAGUUGAGGGGUUGUUCUUCUGCUCUGUUUUUCGAGUGUAGGAAAAAUCGGGAUCUUUACAUGUGGAUGGCAAGCUGUCCCAAUGGUCCAUCUGUGAAAUUUUUGGUUAAUGCUGUUCACACUAUGGAAGAACUGAAGCUCACUGGAAAUCAUUUGAAAGGUUCACGCCCUUUGAUGACGUUCUCGAGCAAUUUUGAAAAAGAUGCUCAUUGGAAGCUUCUGAAGGAGAUGAUCAUGCAGAUAUUUGGAACUCCGAAGGAGCACAGGAAAUCUAAACCUUAUCAUGAUCACGUCUUUGUUUUCUCCAUCGUUGAUGACCACAUAUGGUUCCGCAAUUAUCAGAUAUCUGUUCCUCACAAUGAAUCAGAGAAAAUGGUCCGAGGGGGACUCGAUAAAAUGACCCUUGUUGAGGUUGGUCCCAGAUUUUGCUUGAAUCCGAUCAAGAUAUUUGCUGGUAGCUUCGGAGGCCCAACACUAUACGAGAAUCCUUUCUAUGUCUCGCCAAACCAGAUCCGAGCAUUGGAGAAAAGGAAGAAAGCUGGGAAGUAUGCUAAGAAAGUCAAGGCCAAGACAAGGCGAAAAAUGCAUGAACAAUCUAAUCCAUUGGAGCCUGAUGAAUUCGCAGAUAUGUGGAAGGAAUGAUAUCAAAUACAAACCAGAAUGAA